UUUGUCAGUGUGUGUUUGUGUGUGGGAGAGAGUGAAACAGGUCGACUUUCCAUCAGCGGACUGUGAAACUGCACAGGAGGAAGCAGCCGUCUCCAGACAGAGAUCACUGGAGCUAAAGGUUGUAUUGGAGAGAAAAGGAUACCUUCGUUAAAAGUUACAUCUUGAAGGAACUGAGUGAAACUUCCUGUGAUCAUCCGCAGAGUUCCAGCUAAAGUCUGCUGAGGUCAGGGUCUGCACAGCUCCACCUGCCAUGACAGACACCGCCUCCUGAGUUGUGAUACCCUACCACAGGGGAGGAUGGGUGAUGGGCCUGUGAAAUUCAGCAGACUCUCUCCUCCGUAUCCCAUCCCCUCAUGGAGCCCCCUGCUACACCAAGCCCCUCCUGGAACCCUUCUUUCUCUGGCUUUCCCACGUUUCCAGCCUCACAGCACCUGGCUAGCUCUAAUGUGACCCCGGCCAUUGCGAGCAUUCAAGGUGGGGUAGAUCUGAACCAGUCCUUGGCUCUGUGUGCUAUGUUCAUCAUGGACAUACUGGCAGUAGUGGGCAACUUGGCCGUCAUGGUUGUCAUCACUAAAACACCACAGCUGCACAAGUUUUCCUUCGUGUUCCACCUGUGUCUGGUGGAUCUGCUGGCAGCACUGGUGUUGAUGCCUCUGGGGAUGCUGUCAGACCGAGUCCUGGGGUAUGAGGUGCUGUGUCGAAGCUACCACUGCUUGAGUGUGUGUCUUGUGAGUGCUGCCAUCCUCACCAUCUGUGCCAUCAAUGUAGAGCGCUACUACUACAUUGUCUAUCCCAUGCGUCAUGAGGUGAAGAUGACAGUGGGGGUGGCGGUGAUGGUAGUGGUAGGAAUCUGGAUUAAAGCUGUUGUCAUGUCACUGCUGCCUCUCCUGGGGUGGCUGCUCCAGGGGGACCAUGGUCCGGGGACUCCUUCAGUCCUCAUUCCUACUCAGAAACAUUGUUCCCUCCACUGGAUGGGAGGCAGGACAACACACCUGCUUUUUAUGGUCUUCUUUGCAUUCAUCUAUUUUCUGUGCCCAUUGCUGAUCAUUCUGGUGGUCUACUGCAACAUGUUCAAGUUGGCACGAGUAGCAGCCAUGCAGCAUGGUCCCCUUGUCAACUGGAUGGACACGCCACGACAACGGUCCCAGUCCAUCAGCAGUCACUCCACCAUGGCAGCUAGCCUCAGAGAAACUGGUGCACGCAGCACCCCUCAGAGGACCUUCAGUGGUGGGAAGGCUGCGGUAGUCUUGGUGGCAGUGGGAGGACAGUUCCUCUGCUGCUGGCUGCCAUCUUGCUCCUUCCAUCUCUACUUGGCCAUGGUGUCUGUCUCUCCUGCCUUGCUGGCCCAGGUGGAGGAUGUGGUGACAUGGAUUGCCUAUUUCUCCUUCACCUCCAACCCCUUCUUCUAUGGCUACCUGAACCGACAGAUUCGUGAAGAGCUGGGUUGCCACCUGGCUUGCCUUUUCAAACGGACUGGCCCCAGAGAAGGUGAGCAGCUGCCAAGCCAUGAGGCCUCUAUAGAGGAGAACUUCUUGCAGUUCCUUCAAGGCACUGGAUGCAGCCUGGAACCAUGCAACUCUCACAGCAGAGCCAGCCCAGAGGAGCCAGAGACUGAGGGCCUUCGGGAAUCAGCUGUUCAGCAGAAUACGACAGUCGACUUCCACAUCCCAGGGCAGAUCCUUGAGGAAACUUCAGAGUUUAUACAACAGCUGAACAGUGAGCUGCAUGGAUCAGAGAAUUGCUGCAAAACUGUACCUGAGCUGUAGUUGCCUCUCAUGUCCUGUCUCUUUUGCCAUCCAAUAAUCCACACAGACACUAAACCCUUGUUGUGUUAAUCAUAAAGAAGUGCUGAAAAUCUGGGAGAACAAAGCUUCAGGGAAACAGUUUUCAUGGAUUAUAGAAAACUGAAAAAGCCAUAAAAGUAUCCACCCAAUUCACUCAUUAAAAUCUGAGUUCUCCAUUAGAUGCAAGGUGAUAAUGUACAGUAUACAACUGGUCAUAGGCCAUAGUUAAAUCAUCAUUAAUACAUUAAACAUAGUGUAUUUCCAUCAGCAUUUCCCUCCUUUGGGUUUAUUUUUAUUUUCAUUUUUACAAAUGUAAUUCAAUAGAAGUGUCAAGUAUUCCCUUUUCUUCAUUUUUAAGUCCAUCUGAGCCCGUUGACUAUCAAGUCACAUUGACUCACUGAUACAGCAGGUUCUCUACAAGCAAGCUGAUAUGUUAUUAAUGAAUUAACAACUGUGGUAAAGGUUCAAGGAUAUUGUUCCUGUUGUUGCCAGUUUAGUGAGUAAAGGAUGUGUUUUCAUCCUGUAUUUAUUUGACUUGCACAUCGCGUCAUGCAACCAAGAAAUUAAUGUAAAAUGUUAUUUUUCCUCAGUAAAACAGACUGAAUACACAGAGCCAUUAAAAAAUGUCUCAGUUUGAAAUAUUCACAGUGUUGAACAGGAUCAUUUCACAGCUGCUGCUGCCGGUAUUUAUAAUAAACAGGCUGACACACCGGUGUAUUUUUAGCUAUUUUCCAGGAACAUUAUUAUCAUGUUUAUUUUUUUCUUAGUCUUGUGAUUAUCACCUCCUCACUAAAAUCAUCUCACACUGGUAGACUUGUGAUUUCACCCUCUUCCGCUCAAAGGAAACAUUGUGACUGGUCUGAUUUGUAUGACAGUGUUAAGGAUUUUGUAAAAAACAUCAUCUACAGCACAUUAAAACUGCCAGGUUGUUGAAACGAAUCUCGAUGUGGAUGGAUUCAAACAUGGCAACCAGUCCUCGUUACCCUGUGGUGUCGGUGUUAUUUACAGGUAAGCACAAGAACAGUAUCAGUGUCCUUGUGUUUGUGCUUUAAACAGCUGUGCUUGUUGUGACUACACAGCGCACAGGUGUGACAGUGCUUACGCUACACAUGGCAAGCUUUGCCUGUGGUCUCACUGAACAAAAGUGGGAAGACACUGGUGAUACUUUUGUUGUUCUCAGGUGGAAUUGUUUGCAAAGUCACACAAGCAGUGACAAAUGUUUCAAAGACAAAUGCAAGGUACAGGUCUCUCUUACCAAACACUUCUUCUCUUUUUAUAUGUGGUCCCUUGCUGCAUUCAUCUAUUUUUGGCUGCCUCGUACUGGACUGUUAGCAUGAUCACAAGACACAAGGGCAAACAAGGAAGGUUCACAUUUUGCUGGGAGUCAGAACUAAAAAAGAACUCUUUGUCAGAGAGGAGGCAUAAUGUUCUUCAUUUUCUUACAAUAUGACUUUGUUGCUGACUGUUUUUCUUUCCGGGUCAUCUUGUUUUCCUAUGUUAAUAUGUUUCUUUUGUG